GCAGCCCGAGUUCAGGUGCAAACGCGUGUGUUUAGGUAUAGGUAUGCAUAUCGUACGAUUAGACAUUUUUUCGUACGACUAAUCCCGCGAAUCUUCUGCAAGAGGAAUUUAAUUCAAGUAUAAUUAUAGUAAAACGGGAAGGCAGAAAGGACGAAGGAAUCCGGGGGGAUAGAGUCCAUCGUAAAUCCAUCAUAUACCAUGUAAAUAUACGUACAUAUAUACGUGUGUAUAAACUGCAGCAUAGCUGCGCUGGACACUGAAGGCCGAGGGAAAACUCUGUGGAAUUUGGAGGGACGUGGAUAAGGCUUCAAAGGGUCGGACACGCGGAACUUUCACGCCUGGAUCGGUCUGUCGUACCUGUGCGAAGGAAAAGUGAAGAAGUAAUAUCGAUAGAGUCAGAGAUCACGAGAUGCAGGAAAAUCGGGCGAACGUUUCCUCGUCGAGUAAAGGCCACGCUUUUGCCCUCAACGCGGUCACGAGAUCGUUAAUGUUCAUGCUUGUUUUCUGCUUCGCCGGAUGCGCCGCUGGCUCCUGUCUCAGCUACGGACACUCGUGUUGGGGCGCUCACGGGAAAAGAAGCGGCCAGCAUAAUUACCCGGCCGGUGGUAACCGUCCGGAGAACGACGAGCGUCCGGCGAUUCCGGGAGGUUCUGGAAACGAAGCUGCUGGUCAGUCGCUGCAGGAUCGGUGGGUGCUUUCGCGACUCGUUACACGCCAGCUUUCCGCCCCCGCAGGGGCGCAAGAAUUCCAAGAAAAUUGGUACAACUCGAAUAAAGGACGAGGGCACGGUCGCAGCUGGGACUCUAACGACGUCGGCGUCUCUUCGCCGGUCGAAAGCGUGAAAGCUCUACGACGAGACGAAGUGGAGGCCGAGAACGACGACGACGACGACGAGGAGGAGGAUGAGGAGGGGGAGGAGGAAAUACGCGACGAGGAGGUCGUUGUUCCCCGGGUUAUGUCGCGGGAGACACGAGAGCAGGUUUUGGAAUCGCGAGACAUUUCGGACGACGAUGAACUGGUACUUUUGCCACCCUCCAACAGCCGUUUCAAACCGAUCGGACAAUCGCACAGGCUGAGAUUAUUCAAGAUUUUGAACGGAUCAGCUGGAAAAUUGAAGUAAGAAGAUGGCGAAAUGGCUAACGCAACGCGACUACUGACGGCAUAUUUUAUUUACGAGAAAAGAAAAUUUAUAAAUUUAUUUAUUGACAAGUUAUAAUAUUGUUGCUAUAUUGAACUAUUAUUAUUAUGAAUUGUUAUUCGUUCUAUCAACUUCAAGGUGCUCCGCAGAUGUGUAAUUUGUAUUUAAUUAAAUGAAAGCGGGUUGUAUUCUUGUAUAUUGCACGUGAAUGACGUAGAGUUUACUGUUUUUCCUUUUAAAAAGAUAUUUAAUAAUUUACUAAAUUAUGGGUGAUAAUCACGAAUACCAAAACAAUAUCUCAAGUAUUACAAAAAUGGACGAGGAGUGAAGUAUUCUAUAUCUACACAUGCAGUGUACCACAUCUGUGUUAUUGUCAGGCGGUGACAGUUCAUUCUUGGCUCAUAUUGAUGGAUAAAUAUUGUAGAACAGAAUUUCGGUCUUAAUUUGAAAUUUGUGGAUGUUGAAAUUCGAUACGUCAUAUGUAAUUGCUAUAAUGUCACAAUGAUUCCCCAGCUACGUUAUUCGCCAAAUCGAUUGGUUUAUACCGUACGCGUCUGAAAGAAUUUUUCUGGAAAUUUAUGUGAACACUUGAAUAACUGAUGUUCGAAUAUGGAGAGGGCAUUAAAGUGCGGUCGUGCAAUCAAAUAACACGAAUUGUGUUGAAAAAGUUAGCGAACGUAGUAACAAGAACGUUCUGGAAGACAGGGUUCGAUACAUGCGAAAAUUGAACAAUUUAAUUUCCCACCAUUUUAUGGAUCUGUGAGUAAUCCGAUGCUCUAAACUAGCGCCAAAGGUAAAAGGCUGGACCUUUUGCGUCGUAGUUUUGUUUGAAACAAAAAGUCACAUAAAACGCAAAGAUAUAGAGUUGAUGACAUUCAUUGUUUAUUUAUCAGGUGUCGAAUCAUUUAAUGAGAAGUCUGUCGUUGAAUUAAUUGGCCUUUACGAAACGAAAUAUAUCGGGCCUAAGUAUCUUUAAUCAGUGGCACUGUUCAAUCGAAAUAUAUAUACAUAUAUAUAUACACAUGAAUAU